GCCAGUCUGCAUGGAAGGUGUGGUAUGUACGGUCGGAUGUCCUUCCAACGCUCAACUUGCUGGAAGGGCUCCUCAGUGUGAGGGAUGUCCUGGCAGAGCGUUGUGUCAGACGUCUGUAGCCGUUGGUGAUCCUGACCAGGAGCUUAUUGACUGCAGAAUGAAUGCAAUAAGACACAAAAUACUUAUAUUAUCAGGAAAAGGAGGAGUAGGAAAAUCAACUAUAGCUGCUGCACUAAGUUUGGCAUUGAGUAGAAUGUCAUUCAAGGUUGGAUUGCUGGAUGUUGAUAUAUGUGGACCUAGCAUACCACAGUUGAUGGGUGUACAGGGUCAAACCGUUGUUAACUCUAGCUGGGGAUGGAUGCCACUUAAGUCACCUAUUGGGGACGUUAAGGUUAUAUCAGUUGGAUCACUUUUGGAGACUGACUCUACUGCGAUAGUCUGGAGAGGCCCACGAAAAACAGCUCUGAUCAAACGAUUUCUUAAAGACACUUUCUUUGGACGACUAGACUGUCUCGUAGUUGACACUCCACCGGGUACUUCCGACGAACAUCUUACUAUUGUAAAGUUGUUGAAUAAUGUCAAUCCUGAUGGUGCUGUAAUUGUUACAACACCACAGAAAAUGGCAUUGUAUACCAUCAAGAAGGAGCUUGACUUCUGUAGGAAAUUGUCUCUACCUGUGUUAGGCAUUGUGGAAAAUAUGAGCAGCUUUAUAUGCCCGUGCUGUGAGGAGAACUCAGAAUUGUUUCCUAAUUCUAGUGUUGAGAAGUUUGCAGAAGAGCAUUGUAUCUCUUACUUGGGAAGAAUUCCUGUCGACCCUAAUUUGGCUCGGUGUUGUGAAGAGGGAUCAAAUGUUGAACAAAUACACCCGCUCUCCCCCUCUGUAAAAUCUCUGAAAGACAUUGCCAAACAUCUGCAAAUUAGAUUGAUGCAAAACGAAAUAACGUAGUAAGAUGAACUCUUUGUAUGUAUGUUUUCUUUGAUUUAUUUUGAAAAGGUUUGUCAAACUGUUUUGGUUUGUGGCUUUGACUGCUUGAUUAUACUACAGGGCAAUUGUACUUGUUGUUAUGCUGUCGCCAGCCUUGUGUGCUUUCCCUGUUUUCUCUUUUGCCUUUCUGGGGCUUGUUCUUUUUUUGUGUCAA